GAGAAUAGAAAAUUUUGUGUGUUUUCAAAAAAGAGAGAGAUGGAGAAGAAGCAAGAUUAAGAAUUGCCCUUGAAGGAGGUGGUGGCUGGUGUUUGAAGGGUUGCUCCUAUUCCAAAUAAAGACUUCAACUUUUUUUCUUCAAAUCACACACCCACCACCUUCACCUUCACCACCACCUUCACCACCACCACCACCACCACCCAUGCGCCGAGGCAGAGCCGCAGAUCCAACGCCACCACCACCGCCACCACCAACCGCCGAAAACCCCGUCAAGGAAACGCGAUUCCGCGGCGUUAGAAAGCGUCCAUGGGGCCGAUUCGCCGCGGAGAUCAGAGAUCCGUGGAAGAAGGCUCGCGUUUGGCUCGGCACAUUCGACUCCGCCGAGGACGCCGCCAGAGCCUACGACGCCGCCGCCCGCUCCUUCCGCGGUCCCAAAGCCAAGACCAACUUUCCCUUCGCUAACCCUGAAAUCGAUCAGAUUCCCCUCUUUCAUCAUCACGAUUUCCAAGACGACCACGUGAACCGGUUCUCAAAGUUCGACCCGGUUCACGUGAACCGCCCCACCUCCAGCGGGAUGAGCAGCACCGUCGAGUCCUUCAGCGGUCCUAGGGUUCCGGUUCCGUCCUCCUCCACCACCGUCCCCAGGGUCCGUCCUCGCAGACCCGUCAACCCCGUUCCCGUCGACGAUUGCCACAGCGAUUGCGAUUCUUCCUCCUCCGUCAUCGACGAUGAGGAUUGCGUGCUCACCUCUUCGUUCCGGAAAACCCUACCUUUCGAUCUGAACCUUCCACCGGCGCCGCCGGCCGAUGACGACGCCGAUUUCACCGCCGACGAGCUCCUAGCCACCGCCUUGUGUCUCUGACGCGGGACGACCGAUGAUGGAUCUGUCUCUGGUAUAAUCGCCUGAUUUUCUAUCUUGUUUUCUCGGGAAAAUGGUUUUCUGGGAAAGUGGGGGCUCACUGGAUGGUUGAAGAGAAUCAUUUUUUCCCACUCUCUUUUUUCUUAAUAUUUAAAUUCCACUUUGUUUAGUCCCGAAAAUUGGAAGAAGAAAAAGAGGGAGAAAAAAAAUUCCACUUUGUUAGAUUAUUAUGAAGUUGUAGAGUAAUAGGCACAGCCAUCAGUGUUAUGUGAUAAAUGAAGGUUUCUUGAAGUUGAUGGUUGUGUCUGUGUUGUUGUAAGUUAUUUGGAUUAUAUCUCAUAGCAUUGGACCUGAUCUGAGAGUUCUUCUGCUUUCUCUCUCUCUUUCUGGAUCUGCUUCUUACCAAUUAGAACUUAACUUUUUUUUUUUUUUUUUUUUAUUUCUUCUGUACAAAAAUUAUGGCAAUCAGAUGAGAAAAUAAAUUACAUUCUAC